AUUCCAACGAUAUCAGCCACAAUGCCUUCCACGACGCUGAAACGACGACGGACCGAGGAUGCGAUGCGGGGGAAGCUGCCCAAGAAGCAGAAGAAGAUCAAGCGGCAGCGCACGUACCACAGCUCAAGCGAGGAUGAAGAUGAAGGCGGAGCGCGCGACGCGCCGCAGGAUUUCGCACCUGUAAGCCUAGAGAGUAGCGAUGACGAGGAAGAGAAGAGGCCCAAAAACCCCCAAGCGAAGUUCAAAGCGAAAAUUGCGCUGAAGAAGUCACCUCCACCAGCCCCGGCAGCGGACGAAGACGACGAUGCUCCGCCAAGCGAGGACGAAGACUCCGAGCAGGACGGAGACCCGGCCGAUGGCUCAGAGCCAGAUGACUCAGAUGCUUCGGGCGACGCGUCUAUUUCAGAAACAUCAACGAACAAUCCAACGAGGAAAGUGCGGAAACGAAACGAUCCAGAAGCAUUCGCGACCUCGAUGUCGAAAAUCCUCAACACGAAGCUCACAUCGCAAAAACGCUCCGAACCCAUUCUCUCCCGGUCGAAAGCUGCACAGGAGACGAACAAGUCCCUGUCGGAUCAUAAAUUGACGGAGAAGGCGCGCAGGCAGUUGCUAGCCGAGAAGAAGACAGCACAAGAGAAAGGCCGCGUAAAGGACGUCCUUGGCACGAAUGAUCCCAGCAUGAGCACUGGGGUCACUCUGGCGAAGGAGAAGGAGCUGCGCAGGACAGCGCAGAAGGGUGUCAUCAAGCUGUUCAAUGCGGUGCGAGCCGCCCAGGUCAAGGGCGAACAGGCGGAGAGGGAAGCACGCGAGAAAGGCUUAGUGGGCAUGAGCAAGAGGGAGGAAACAGUCAAGGAGAUGAGCAAGCAGGGUUUCUUGGACAUGAUCACGGGUGGCGCGAAGAAAAAAGAGGGAAGCGUCGAGAUCUGAAACAUAUUAGAGUAGUUGAAUUCAUGAUACCGGGCUGAAGCCAUCUAUCGUAUUCCAGUGCUUCGCGUGACGCCGGUCCCACCUCCAAGGAGAUUAUCCCAUAUGGUACAGGGUGUUCUAAGGACAGUCAUCGCUCGCCAUGCCCGGAUCCAGAAAUAUGAUUACACAAAUGCCGCCAACUUAUCAACCGCCCCUCGCCUCUU